AUGGAUCCCGUGAACUUCACCACCGUCGUCGACAAUGGCUUCAUGGACGAGACGUCGUCGAGUCGCGUCCUGACCGGCUGCUUCCUCUCGCUGCUCAUCCUCACCACCUUGCUGGGGAACGUGCUCGUCUGCGCGGCCGUCACUAAGUUUCGACACCUGCGCUCCAAGGUGACCAACUUCUUUGUGAUCUCGUUGGCCGUGAGCGACCUCCUGGUCGCCGUCUUGGUGAUGCCGUGGAAGGCGGUGACGGAGAUUGCGGGGUUCUGGCCCUUUGGCUCUUUCUGCGACACCUGGGUGGCUUUUGACAUCAUGUGCUCGACAGCGUCCAUCUUGAACCUUUGUGUCAUCAGCUUGGACCGCUACUGGGCUAUCUCCAGCCCCUUCCGCUAUGAGAGGAAGAUGACACCCAGAGUGGCCUACGUGAUGAUCAGCAUGGCAUGGACGUUAUCUGUCCUCAUUUCCUUCAUCCCUGUGCAGCUCAACUGGCACAAAGCCCAGACUAAAUCUUACAAGGCUCUCACUGAAUCAUUCCUAGGUCCAAAUGCAUCAUCUCACCAUGACACGGAGAACUGUGACUCCAGCCUGAACAGGACCUACGCCAUCUCCACGUCUCUUAUCAGCUUCUACAUCCCUGUUGCCAUCAUGGUGGCCACGUACACCCAGAUCUAUCGCAUUGCCCACAGACAGAUCAGGAGGAUUUCUGCCCUGGAGCGGGCUGCUGAGAGUGCCAAGAACAGGCACAACAGCGUGUGCGGAGGCUCCAGCAUCGCAGAGUCCGAGAGCUCCUUCAAGAUGACGUUCAAGAGGGAGACCAAGGUGCUGAAGACACUGUCGGUGAUCAUGGGGGUGUUCGUGUGCUGCUGGCUCCCGUUCUUCAUCCUGAACUGCAUGGUGCCCUUCUGUGAGCAGCCGAGCGAUGGCGAGGCCUUCCCUUGCAUCAACCCCACCACCUUUGACGUGUUCGUGUGGUUCGGCUGGGCCAACUCCUCCCUCAACCCCAUCAUCUAUGCCUUCAACGCCGAUUUUCGCAGGGCCUUCUCCAUCCUGCUGGGCUGCCACAGACUGCAUCCAGGGGGCCACAAUAUGGAGACGGCCAGCCUAAACAAGAAGUGA